CUGUGUUACUAAAUAUUCCUUCUGCCAUCGUUUUUUAUUUAUUUAUUUAUGUAUUUAAUUUAAAGAAAGAUAUUAGGUAACUGAUCCCAGGCAUGGAGUUUUUGCUGUUUUUGAAGUCACUGCACUUUGCUCGACACCAUUUGACAAGAGCCCUGCUGGAUUCAGUUCACUGAAAAGCGGAAAAAGCACAGCUGAUGUGGACAGAAGGGCAGAUUGUGUUUCUGUAGACUGGAAAUAAUUUCACCUGUGGCAGAAAUGAAGAGAGGCAUUUCAGUUCUGCUAACAGUCUAUGCUUCAGUGCCUGUUAUUUUCUACCUGUUCCCUUGGAUACUGGGCCAUGCCAUAUUUGCUCACUUGUUGAGGUUUCCAUUCUUUGUGGAUCUUGGCAGACCUGAAGACGUCCUGAACCACACAUGCAACUUCUACCUCAACACAGAGGAGGGUAUCUCAGUCGGAGUGUGGCAUACACUCCCUGCCAGCCAAUGGGAGAAAUCCGCCAGGAGAAGCCCUGAGUGGUACCAGGAGACUCUGGGAGACGGCACUCCUGUUAUUAUCUAUCUCCAUGGCAACGUAGGGACCAGGGCAAUAAAUCACAGAGUACAGCUGGUGAAGAUCUUAAGUGCUGCAGGGUACCAUGUCUUAUCUUUAGACUACAGAGGCUUUGGAGAUUCUACUGGGGAGCCCAGUGAAGCCGGAUUGACCAAUGAUGCCCUCUACCUGUACCACUGGGUAAAGAAACACAGCAGGGGGAGUCUGGUCUGUCUGUGGGGACACUCGCUUGGCUCUGGAGUGGCAACCAAUGCAGCAGUGAAAAUACAGGAGCAAGGGUCUCCUGUUGAUGCUUUGAUCCUUGAAGCUCCAUACACGAGAAUUGGAGAAGUCGUAGCCAACCAUCCGUUCACUAAGAUGUACAGGUUCCUUCCAGGAUUUGAGAGCUUGCUGUGGAACGUACUGGAAAGAAUCAACAUAGUAUUUGCUAAUGAUAAAAACUUGAAGACACUGACCAGCCCACUUCUUAUUCUGCAUUCAGAGGAUGAUAAUGUUGUUCCUUAUCACAUGGGCCUGGAGCUGUACCAGAUAUCACUCCAGACUCAGAGAAAACUCAGCACAGAUGCGCACAUUGACAUGAUCUCCUAUAAUGCAAAUCUUGGAUUCUCCCACAGCAACAUCUACUUAGAUCCCAAUUUGUCAGCUGCAAUUAGGAAAUUUCUACAAAACCUGAGACAUUAGAGUGGCGUUCCCUCCCGUGGGCUCACAAUUUCUUACGUUGGUCGUUAAUGCUUCGUACAUUUUGUGAAGGGAAAGAAAAAAAAAAAAGUCUCAACAUACUGGCUAAUUCCCAGUACAAAACCUUUUUUGUCUUCAAAAAUGUAAAUAAAAACACAAUAC